UAUGAAUAUUAUUAAUUUUUUAAUUAAAUUUUUCAAUUUAAAUAUGCUUGUAUAAUAUUUGUGUGCAUGUACAAAUCUUGAUAUACAUUACACAUGUAUAAUGCUUAAUCCCAAAUUCUAAAACAUGUCUUAAAUGAACUAUAAUAAGGUAAUUUAUUUUUCUGGUAUUCUUAGAAACUGAUAGUCUUUAAAUUAAUAAUUCUAAUGUUUACAUAUGAAUGAAGUUUCAGUAAUUGUAUAACAUAAGAAUGUGCAGCGUUCCUAGUAUUCCCUUCUUUUUUUUAUGAAACUAUUAACUGAUAAAUGGAUCAUAAUGAGUCAGUCAAAUGCCAAUUACACUUUCCAUUUAAUCUAUUUAGAGAUACUAAAUUCAUUUAAUAAACCUGACUCUAACUGAAUUCAUUAAGUUAUGUUACAAUGAAACGUUAAAUAACAAACUGUACUGUAAAAUCUAAUAUGCCUUACUUCUUGCACAAUUUUUUUUUCAGAAUAUCAGUAUCUUCAUAACUGCAAAUAAUUAAAGCAUCAUGCUAUGUGGUGGAUCUUCGUGGCCUCUUUGAAAAUGAAAGAUUUAGCAGAUUACGACCUUCAUGAUGUUUGAUUUGAUAAGAGUUAAAGAUGCCUGGUAAAAAAUCCUACAAGUGCUUCCUUUGUCCUCGCAUAACAAAAAGGACUGACAGAUUUGCCAUAUCCAAAGUUCACAGACUUGUUGUUAACAGAAUAUCAGGACGAACACCAAGUGAUGGGGAUUUUCUCUGCAACAAGUGUCGUCAUGUGUGCAAGUCAUAUGUUAAGGGAUCUGAGAAAGCAAAGAAAAAAGUGCAGGCAUGUACUUCUUCUACAUGUACUCCUCAGCCAUCUGUAACACCUGUUAGCCCACCUUCAGUACAGCUGCCAUUCCCUAGCUCAGCUAGAGGACACUCCUCCUGUUGCAUCUGCAAGAGACCUGGACCAAAACUCAUUGUUGUUCCUGUGGAUACCAGACACCAGAUAUUUAUAUCCAAGGAAAUCAUUAUUCCAGCUGGUGCCAGGUGUUGUCCAAACCAUCUCCAUGGAAAUAUUGGGGAUCUUGAACCUAUAGCUGAUACAACAACAGUGAAUAGAUCAACAAUCACCCAGCUGAUCAAGUUUUUAAGGUCAGAAAUUCAGAGGCAAGAGAAAACAAGACUUGAUUUUAACAGCGAAAAAACUCUCAGUGAUGCCGAGUACCGUGAUCUCAUGGGAAUUUCCAAAGACUCUUUCAAAGAUCUUCUGCUCUUCGUGGAGGGAAAAGUUCGGCCUACUCCAACAAGAUCUGUACGGACUAGCUUAGCUAUUUUCCUGAUGAAAUUAAGGGGAGGUGAAUCAAAUAGAGUACUUUCAACCCUUUUCAAUGUAUCUAAGUCAAGUAUUCGAAGAUGCAUUAGUUCUGUACGCUCAGCCCUUUCUGGAAGAUUUGUCCAUGAAAACCUUGGUUUCCAGCACAUCUCACGUGCAGAGAUUAUACAGCACCAUACAAGACAGUUGGCUCAAACUCUGUUCGAAACCAGCCCAGGCAAUCAAGCAAUUUUGGUAAUGGACGGUACCUACAUCUACAUUAACAAGAGUGGAAACUUUCAGUUCCAAAGGCAAUCAUAUAGUUUGCACAAGGGACGUCCUUUGGUAAAGCCAUUGAUAAUUGUUUCAACGACUGGCUACUACUUAUCAUUUAUGGGCCCCUACCUUGCAAGGAACAAUGACGCAAGUAUCCUAAAGCACGUCAUGAAGUCCAACAUAGAGGACAUUUGCAACUGGGUGGAGAAAGAUGAUAUUUUCGUGGUUGAUCGGGGGUUUCGAGACUCACUGGAUUUUUUGGAAGAGCUUGGGAUCCAAGCCCACAUGCCUUCUUUUAUGUCCAAAGGAGAGAAACAGAUGACGACAGAGAGUGCCAAUACAAGUCGUCUGGUUACAAAGAUAUGGUGGGUUGUGGAAUCCGCGAACUCCCGGAUCAAGCAAUGGAAAUACCUUCAGCAUGUAUUGCCAACAAGUCAGAUUCCAUACAUAGGGGAUUUCAUAAGGAUUGUCUGUGCUAUUUGCAAUAGAUACAUGAAGCCACUUUCUAACGGAAAUGCCACUGAGGAUGAGUCCCUUGGAUGUAAGAUGCUUUUUCUAUCCAAGCAAGUCAACGCCUUACAACAACAUGUGGAGGAACAUCACCUAGAUCGGCGCUCUGUGUGUUGGGAACCAGUAGAUGAUCUAAAAGGCUUUCCGUAUCUUGAUGAAGAGCAGCUUCGAAAUCUCACUUGUGGGAUAUACCAGCUUCGACUCUCACCCAGUUAUGCACAGGAACACUUGGAAGGCAACUGCCAGAUACAUGUCCACAAAGAGGAGCCAGGUCUUGUCAGGGUACGGUUACAGAGUCGACAUGUAUCAUCUCGAUCAUACCAGUUAUGGAUAAGAUAUGACGAAGCAAGUGUUACAGCAUGGUACUGUAAAUGCAGAGCCGGGGCAAGAGUUGUUGGGAUGUGUUCCCACAUUGCAGCCAUUUUAUGGUUUUUGGGAAAUGCGAGACACAGGAUCUCAAGUGGAUUUGGAGUUCGAAACUGGGGAGACUUUGUUGACAAUGCAAACAACAUUCCAACUCCAGUUGAUGAAAGUGAGUCCUCUGAGGGAGAAGUUAGCGGGACGGAAGAAUGACAUUUAACUGUAAACAUUGUUAGAUUAAAUAUUAAUUGUAUAUCAACUGCUUAUCCCCAGAUCCUAAAAUCCAUGCAAUAAUAAAAAUAAUAUUCAAAACAGUUUCCAUGCAGAUCAAUAGAAUUUUAAAGAUAAUUCAUUUAUAUAACUUUUCAUUAUUUUCUAACUGUAGUUAUUAAUGCACUACAUAACCAAAUGAUAUUUUUUCAAAAGUUUUGAUUGCUAAUUUUUUCUAUUAUUCAUAAUGAAAUUAUUUGUAUGUGCACAAGUUUAGAUUGCUUAUUUUUUUCUAUUAUCCAUAAUUAAAUCAUUUGUAUGUGCACAAACCUAUACAGUAUCUUUAAAAAAGAACUGAAGGACCUCUGAUCAUGCAUGCAUGUAACAACAUGUUUGAUAAAUGGUGUUAAAAUUGCUGUGAAUAUUUGAAACUUAUUUGAGUGUAAUGCAUUUUGUAUGAAUAAGUUUAUGUUGUCAUGAAAACUUAUUUGUGUGUGUAUUUUCAUCUCUUGAACUACAUUUAUUUAUUGAUCAUAUUUCAUUUGUUGAUAUAAUACUUUUGCAAUAUAGAUUAAAAGAAAAACAUUCACAAUCUUCAACUUCAGCUGCUAUUAACAUUGAAAAAAUUUGUAACUUUUUGUUGUCAUGGAAACUAUUCUUUUUUUUUUACAAAUUAAGAUUUAUACAUAAAUGAUGUACAUGUAAUGUAGUGAUGUAAAAACAUUUUAAAAACAAUACUCUGUUUGAAAAUAUUUCAUAUUUAACUUGAUUUUGAUAAAGGCGAAAAAAACUACUCAAUCAAUCUUGCUUUUCCAGAAGGUGGAGAUUUUGUACUAUCUGGUUGCCAUAGAAACUCUUUUUAUACAUGCACACAAAUGUGUUAUAUUUUUUCUCAGAAUGUUAUUGUUAUUGUUGAUUAAGUUACCAAGUUGUUACAGUAUUAAAAUAUUUAUCAGUUUUAUAUUUGAUUACAAGUGUUGUGUCAAUCAUUGUGUCAAUUAUGCUUAAUUUUGCACUAAGUUGGCCCAUCUGACACCUAAAAUCUAAGCCUACUGUACAGACCCCUAGUGACCCAAAACCCAUUAUACUUUCUCAAUUAUGAAAGUAGACUACCUUAACAACAUUUAUAGAAAAUUUCAUUAAAAUCUGAGAAUGGGCCAUUU